UCGCUAUAUUUGGCAACAUGACGCUGAUCAUCACAAUAUGCCGCACUCGAGUACUACGUACGCGCACAAACAUGUUCAUCUUGAACCAGGCAUGCGCAGACUUGGGUGUCGCAUUAUUUUGUAUGCCAUUUUCAAUCAUCACGUGCUAUACACGUAACUGGAUAUUUGGUGACAGCAUAUGCCAACUGAAUGGGUUUGUAAACAUUCUUUUUGAGGCUUCGUCGUUGUUUACGCUUACCUCAAUAAGCAUCGAGAAAUACUUUUCCAUCGUAAAACCCAUGAGGGUUGUCAUAACGGCAAAGAAGACAGUUACCAUGGUUAUUAUGACGUGGUUAACAGCACUUGGACUCGCAGCUUUACCGCUGACAGGUUUCAUUGCAUUUGAAUUUAAGCCAGGGUCAACUCAGUGUGGAGUUCAAAUCCCAGCCAACAUUGGUCAAACCAUUUACUCAUUUGUGGUUCUUGUGGUUGCCUUCCUUAUGCCGCUAUGUAUCAUGGGAUUCUGUUACGUCAACAUCUUUCUGGUUGUAAAGAAACACAACAUUCGCCGUUCGAGGAUGUCAUUAUCUAGCAUCAACAGCGAAAGUUCGCUGUCCACUCAAAGUCAAAUAGCCCUGACUGUUUUUAUGAUGCUCAUUGUUUUUAUUCUCUGUUGGUCACCUUACUUCGCGUACAUGGUGUACUUGACCGCUCAUCAAGUGAAAAGCCCGGAUGCUUUCGCACGAAGCCUGGGACUAGCUUCUUAUUGGUUUGCUUUCCUAAACAGCUGCAUUAACCCGUUUGUGUACGGCUUCAGGAAUCCUCUCAUCAGAAGACCACUGUAUUUAAUGUGCUGUAAUCGCAAAUUUCGAAGAAGUCGCGAACGUUAUUCCUUGAGAAAAGCACAUCAACAUUGUGAUCCGUUUUUAGGAACACCCCUGCCAUUAGUGGACUGCGACAAAACAUCCCCUCCCUACCCUGCUUUCAUCAACGUUGUUGCCCUGACAGAAGAAGACAUAACCAGCCCCAAUGAGGGAAUCGACAAGGCGACUGUGGACAGAGGAACUCAAAGGCGCGAAAACUGGAAAAUUUUAUCUUUCCAAGAUUUGCCGCAUGUUUAUAUCGUCAAUGGAGUGUCUUCCACAACAAACCAAGUACUUUCCAUUUCAGUUAAACAGCAAACGUUCCCCGACCACGCCUACGACGUCACAUGUUCCUCAUGCUCUAGUGUGUGCUCUGAUUGCAAUCGUGUGGUGACAAACAGUAACGAGGUAAUCAUGUGUUCCAGCAUGUUAUCAGUGGAAGACAGUGGUCUGUGUAGUGAGUGCGCAUGUGCGUUCGAUUGUGAAAGUUCAACGAGUAAAACUUGUAUCCAGUGCGAACAAGAUGACCUGGAAUCAAAUUCUUGCCCCUCGAUUUUGAGCCACGCGAAAGAAGUUCAAUCUCAUAGGGUGCUUCACCUCGUCGAUCAUUCUGAAAACAAGAUGAAAUACCCCCUUCAAUCCGCGAAAGAAAAAACAAGAAUGAGUUUUACAAUAGGCUGGAUGGAAUCUCACCUGUAAACAAACCAAAAAUGUGAUAGUAUGCCAGCUUUGGCCGCAUCUUUUUCUCAGCGACGACUGAUGAUGGAAUGAAGCAAUAGAAACUGCGGGACACAGGAGAUACGAUACAUGAAGGAUAAAAGAAAAUGAAAACUUGACAUGGUAGGGGAGGGGAUGGGGAUGUAACCACCACUGAACUGUCCUGUAUGGAAAUCUUUUCGGUUUUCUUCUUAGUASCGACGCCAUGACUAAGGUUUUGCCGCCUGAAGAAGCCAUUCUCCGUAAUCAAGGCGAAGUCCUUCGAUACAGAUUCGUUUAUUCUUUUGUGAUUCUGUCAGUUUAUUUCGGUAAAAUGAUGCCAUAUAAGGGAGGGCCUCGUCUAUUUCGCUGACUUAUACCACUCUUUAAAUAUCUCAGUCACUCAUAGAACAUGUGGCUUAUUUAUUUUUGGCUACUUUGUGCACAGGUAUCCCAAGCUCUCUAUAUGAACCACACAAGGAAUACAAUGUGGCAUAUCAAUUUAUAAA